UAUGAGAGACAGUAGAGAAAGAGCAAAUACAUAAAUUGAUUAUUCUUCAUAUGAAGAUAUUCUCAAAAAAUACAAAAACUAACCUCAAACAAGCAAUUUUUCAACUUAAUUGGAAUCUAUUCAAGAAGAUGAAGCUCCUUCAAAUUUUUCUAUUGAUUAAAUGGAAAAGGAUACAGAAAAGAACUAGUUUCUAAGAAAAUCUAAUGAUAUGGAUCUUGUUAAUCAAAAUGAUUGUAUCUAUUAAGCAUAUCAGUUUAGCAAUCUUUAAAUCCACUCUAAGUACAGAUAAAUUAAAAGAACUGAAAUCAGGUAAAAAUGAAUGUUGUAUAUGUCAUAAGAGUGGUACAUUAAUACAUAAAUUGAAAUAAUGUAAAUUCUGUGGAAAUGUGAUAUGUAAAGAACAUGGGAGAAAGAAAAGAAAGGAUCCAAAUAAUAGUACAAAAUUUAGGCGAUUAUGUGAAAUAUGUGAAGACAAAUAUAUUAGACUUAGUGUAGAAACAGCUUAUACUUAAAAAAGAGACUAAUUAGCAUAAUAAGCAUUAAUAUUGGAUUCUUAAUCUAAAGAAUUGUUGUAGGAUAUUAGAUCUUUGUAGAAUUAGAUUUCUGAAAUCUAAUAAUAAGGUGUCAAAUAAUAAGGAGAAUACAAAUAAAUACAAAAUGAACUUAUAUUUAAGACUUAGAAAUUAGAUAAUGAAAUUAAAGGCUUUUAAGAUGAGAAUCUUAAAUUAAAAUCAACCAUUUAAUCUAUAAAAAAAGAAUCAAAAUAAUUAAAUGAAAGAUUAGAAGAAAAGAAAUUGGAUUCUUAAAAGAAAUAACAUUAAUUACAUUAAAUUGAAUAAGAAAUACAAUAUAAUGAUAUUGAAUGUUAAAAGAUUAUGUUAGAAAUAGAAAAAUUAUAAUUAAAUAUAUAAUAAAAGAAAUAAAAAAAUCAACAAAAAUAAUAAUAAUAGAAAUCUUAAAUAUAAAAAGCAGAAAUAUAAAAUUAUUAAUAAUAUAUCUUAGCUGAUGAUUAACCAACUAUAAAAUAAUAUAAUCCUUAUUUAAAUGAAAAUAAGAUUAUUAAUGUAAAUAAUGAAAAUUAAUCUUAAAAUAAUAAUAAUAAUAAUGAUACAUAAGAUAGAGAAGAAAAUCAUUGUUGUUCAAUAAUGUGA